CAACAGAACAGUCCCUCCUCCUCUUACCGAUACUUCUGAAAAGCUGGCAGAUUACUGGACUUCUGAAUCUCAACAAAUCAUAGAAAGAGCAGGAUGAACCAAAAUUUUGUCGGACAACCUAAUGCAGAAGACAUAAGAGCGCUGGAAGGGCUGCGACGUGGGCUAGUACCCAUGAUCGCAGCUAUGGACAAGCUGAGGCGUGAUAUGGACAUGGCAGCAUCACGAGGAGUUGCUGUUGACUGGCCUCAAAUUCAACGCACAACAACCUCAGUCAACUCUUACAUCACCACGCUCAACACUUUCAUCAAUGGCGGUCGCAAACACACUGCCGAAAGCAGGAAGACAGACGCCGGUAAGGUUCUGAAAAACAAGCAAGGAAACGAAGAAGUGAGAUACAGCGACAUUACUAUUCCGCCACAAGCAGACACCCUCCGGAAUCUACAUGCCUUCCCAAUAGCGCCCUUCCCUGGAACCAACGAGCACCUCUCAGGCCUGACCCAGACCCUGCUCCGGAAGCGUCUUGAGCCUACAGAAGAGAAAUGGGCUGAAGAUCGGCUAGCCAAAGCUUUGGAGUUUGCAAAGGUGCCGCCGGAAUGGGGCAUCGAACCUCGCAAGCCCGCCGAGAAGGAUGACAAAGACGUCGACUCUGAGGUCAGCGCUGAUCAGCCCAGCACAGCUGUCGGCAGGUUCAGCAAACGCGCGAAAGGCACGUUGUCCGAAGAGCAGCUCGUACAGCGCUGGAAUAGCGCGCACACGUGGUUCUUCAAUCCGCCGCAGACCUCGUUCGACGAAGGCGAUGAUUACGCCUCGGGCGAGGAGGGAGAGGACGAUGAAGAGGAAGAGGAUUUCGAGGAUGCGAUGGACAUACCUGCUGCAGAUGUUCCGGCGCAAGCUACACAGGGAGAGGAGGCUAGGCCGGCUGCACCACCAUCACAGAUUGUCAUGAUCCAGGAAGCGCAGCCGCCUGUGCAUAAGCCCGUACCUGGAAUGCCAGUGCUGGAUCUGGGUGUCAUUCAGAAGUUCAUGGCGACAGGGCACUUGUAGGCGUCCGGCUAACUUGUUCCUAAGGAAUGGGCAUUGCGCUGAAGACGGUGUUAGCUUCUUCGAUCGUGCACAGGGCGUUGCAAUGAUUGAGGGGAUCCAUAGAACUCAAGCGAUGCAUAGAAACUA